GCCCUCCUCCUGGGGGCAGGAGUCAGCUACUGGCCACCCACAGCGUGCAGGAGCCCUCACCCAGUACCAGAGCCUCAGGCACACCUUCAGAGCCCUGCUUGCCCGUAAGUGAUGGUGCACGGGAAGGUGCAGGGUAAGCUACUCGCUGAGGACCGUCGGGCGACAAGUCUGUGGAGAUGUGCUCCACCUCUCCCUCCUCUCUGCAUGCCAGUUCCUCCUGCUGAAAACAGCUAAGCCUGCUGUUCGGAAUUCUUAGAAUCUCAGCCCCAGAGGGACCUCUCUAGGGCCAAACUGACCUUACACUGGGAACUUUAUUACCCAGAGUUUGGACUCUCUGUUGCGACAGUUCUCAGGAAGUGUGGGUGUCUCCCACCAUCAGCGUCUCUCUCUCUCUCUCCGGGGCGUGCUUCUCCCUACUCUGAGGAAGGCCAGUGAAGCCCCAGCCCUGGACGUCGUGAGCAGCCCGAGGGUUCGGAGCCUCCAAAACCCAUAUAUAGGCAUCCAGGACACAGAAACAGUGGAAGCAGCCAGGAGGGAAUCAAGAGAAAACCUAAAAUUUCCGAUGUUCAAAAACUCGGGGUGGUACUUAAUGUAGAGAACACUGAAUUCUUUGUGAUUCCUGGACUCAUUUGCUUUGCCUUUCUGGUCUAGACAAGAAGGGAUCAAUACAUAUCUGGGGCCUGGAGGGAAUGUACACGGGAGCCUCAGAGGCCAUUUCAUGUGGCUCUGACUCACCCUGACUCUCUGUGAAGUGGAAACUUCACACCACUCAGUUGUGGCCAGCCUUUGACCUUUGUUGUGAAUCCCCAAGAGUUACCACAGUCCCUUCCCAAUUACUCAUUUCACUUUAGCUGUGGUUCAGCUAAGACUUCUGGCUCAAGGAAAGCUGUAGAAGAGGACACAGGAUGAGGCGGGAAGAGGAGGAAGAGGAGGGAACCAAGAUGAAGGUAAAAAGAGACCUAGAGAUGAAGGAGGAAGAGGCAGUAAGUGAGAAGGGAGAACUAGUUGGCCCUUUCGCAAGCGCCAUGCCUGCCCCUACACCCCACAACAAGGGCACCCGGUUUUCCGAGGUAUGGGAGUAUUUCCACCUGGCCCCUGUUCGUGCUGGCCACCACCCCAACCAAUAUGCCACCUGCCGCCUGUGUGGCAGGCAGGUGAGCCGUGGCCCUGGGGUGAAUGUGGGCACCACAGCCUUGUGGAAACAUCUGAAGAGCAUGCAUAGAGAGGAGCUGGAGAAGACUGGCCAUGGUCAGGUGGGGCAGCGCAAGGACCUGAGGCCCCAGGGGCCCCAACUCCCCAUGGGUAUCGAGGGCGACUGGGCCCGGCUCCUGGAGCAGGUGGGGGCCCUGGCUCUGUGGGCCAGCCAAAGGGAAAAGGAGGUGCUUAGGAGGGAGAGGGCAGUGGAAUGGCGGGAGAGGGCAGUGGAAAGGCGAGAGCGAGCCCUGGAGGAGGUAGAGAGGACCAUCCUGGAGAUGAAGUGGAAGCUGAGGGCUGAGAAGGAAGCCUGUCAGAGACAGCAAGAGCAGCUUGCCGUGGCUCAUCCCUUCCAUUUUGUGUAAUCAGCCUGGGAGGUAUCUAUUCUGAAAACACAGACUGAGGCUCACAGCAAAGAGCCACGUUAGGAUAAAUAGAAAGAAAGGAUUUGUGUUUUUAAGAGAAAGAGUGCAUAGUAUGAGUUAAUCUCAGUAGGUAUCAACUGACCAAACACUUACCUACAGGGUCCCUAAAGCUGUCCUGACCAAAACUUCAAAAUGUAUUAACUGAAGAUAAAGGUUGUUUUGCCACCAUGGGUCUGUGAGUUUGGGUGCAGAAUCUACUAUCCUGCUAUGUUGCUGAGUGAAAAUAACGGGAUUUAUGCUCUGCACUUGGUUUUGGUGGAGCUGAGGGUUCUGACAGUUGAGGCUGGUCAGGUGGCUGGAAUGUGCCUACAUGAUCAGCUCACUCUAAGAGACCCCACCAGGAGUGGAGCUUAGGCUUCCUGGGGCCCAGGUGUUUGCAGACAUCCUGGUGGUGAGUUAAGAACUGGGUACAGAGCUUGUUCUGUGGGGCCCAGCUGUGGAAGGACAUAGAAGCUUGCGCCUGAGAUCUCAGGCCCCAUCCAGUGCAGGUCUUUCUCCCACUGGUGCUGUGUUGUACUGCCUGCUCAUAUUAAAGCUGUGUCACCAGCAGAACCUGUCUGAAUCCUGUAAGUCUUUUCAACAACCUAACACAUACGUCAGUAAUGUGUAAUCAGCA